AUGGAAACAAGAAGAAGCUUAAAAGAAAAAAAUAAUCAAAAAGAAUUCGAUACCAUUAAACAGAAUGUCCAAAAUAAAAAUGCUAGCCAUAAGCAUGCUGAAAACAAAACUGCAGAAUCAAAAAAUGUUUUGAAACAUUCAGCUAGCGAAAAAAUCAAAGCAGGAAAUAAGAAUGUUAGAAAAGGGUCACAAGAGAAAGAAAAUAAUUCAUUUAAUUUAAAAGAAGAUUUAGAAAAAAAAAUAAAAAAUAAAAGAACAAAUAGUAAAGACAUUGCAAAGAAUAAUAUAAAAAAUAAUGUUCCUACGAAGAAAGAGAAAAAAAAAUAUAUCAUAAGUAGUACCUUAUCUAUAGGAGAUGAUGAUAAAAAAAAUAAAUGUGAUGAUAUAAAAGACAAAUGUUAUAAUAAAAAAAAUAAAUGUGAUGAUAUAAAUGACAAAUGUUAUAAUAAAAAAAAUAAAUGUGAUGAUAUAAAAGACAAAUGUUAUAAUAAAAAUGACAAAUGUGAUAAUAAAAAUGAUAAUUAUAAUAUUAGUAAGCGUUUAAGAAUAUAUGAAAAAAAAAACAUUGAUUAUGAAAAAGGGAAACAUGCUACACACAUGAACAGAAUGACAAAGGAAGAGAAACGUAGUAGCAGCAUUUCCAAUAGAGGGAAUAACAAAAAUAAUCAUAAGACAACAUCUAAAAGUAAUCAUAAUAAUAAUAAAAAGAUAGGAGGUACUCAAAGAGUUCCAGAAGAAAUAAGUACAACAAAAGGGAAGUUAAAUAAUAUAAAGAAAAGUAAGAGUAGUAAUAAUAAAUGUGAUGAUAAAAAUAUUUAUGAUGAUAAUAAAAAUAUAUGUGAUAAUAAAAAUAUAUAUGAUCAUAAUAAUAAUAUAUGUGAUAAUAAUAAUAUAUGUGAUAAUAAUAAUAUAUGUGAUAAAAAUAAUAUAUGUGAUAAAAAUAAUAUAUGUGAUAAAAAUAAUUUAUGUGAUAAAAAUAAUUUAUGUGAUGACAAGUAUCAAUAUGAUGAUGAUAUCAUUGGUACUAAUUUAUUUGAAGAGAAAAAAGAAAAUCUAAAAGAUCUUUUGAAAAUAAUAAAUAAUAACAAAGAAAGUAUAAAUAAUCUAUCAGAUGAAAAGAAGGAAGAAAAAGAAAAGCAUGUUGAUGUCGAUCAUGCUUUAUCUGAUUUAUGUAGUGAUGAUAAUUAUAACAUAAGCAAAGAAAUUGGAAAGAGAAAAAAAAAGCGUGCUAGCCAUUUGGAUAAAAAAUUAGAUGAUCUAUCUAAAAUCAUUCAAGAGAAUGAAGAAAAUGAUUUGAAUAUGAUUAAACAAAUACAUGAAAUUAUAAUAUCAGAGAAGGAACAAUCACAAGAUUCUUGUUCAGAUAUUAUAAACAAAACGAAAAAGGAAAGAAAUUUAGAUAUUCAUAAAGAUAAUAUAAAAAUUGUAAUAAAAGAUGUUGAUGAACAGAUACAAGAUGAAGAUGAUAUUAUGUUAUCUGAUGAUAAAGCUAGAAAGGAGGAAAUAGAAAAAAGGGACAUAAAAAAAAAUAAAGUAGUAGAUAAAAUAAUAAAUGAUAAGUUAGAAAAUAAUAAUAGUAAGAAAAAUGAAAAUAUAAGUGAAAAUAUAAAUGAAAAUAUAAAUAACAAUAAUAUGAAUAGUAAAAAUAAUAAUACACAUCAUAACAAUGGGAAGAAAAAAUCAGAGAGAACUAGUAAUAAAAAAAAGGAAGAAGAAAAGAAUAGAGAUGAUGAUGAUAAUGAUAGCUAUAAUUGUAUAGAAAUAGAACCAUUGACACAUAGGCUUAAUGUGAAUAAAUCUGAAAAUAAGGAUGAACAAAUAAUUUUGAAUAGAAGUAUUAAAAGACGUUUAUCUCAAAUAUUAGAUAACAUGAAAAAAAAGAAAAUAUUUGAAAUUGUAAAUAAUGAUAAUGAUGAUUAUACAAAUAUAUGUUUUAAUUCACAUAAUAUAAAAGAGAAAUUAAUUGAACGUGUGAUGAUAAAUAAAUUAACAAGAAUAUCAUGUAAUGAAAAUGAUAAUUUAAAUAAUGGAAAUGAAAAUACAAAUUAUUAUUUAGAUAAAAUAAAUCUAGAUGUUAUAUAUAAUAAAUUACAUUAUGAUUUAUAUAAAAAUGAAGAAGAAUUUCAUGAUGAUGUUUUUUUAAUGUUUCAAGUUUUAAAAAAUAUCAUUGAAGAAACAAAAGAUAAAAAAAAACAAAUGAAUCUUUUCAAAUUAAGAAAAAAUGAAUUAAAAAAUUAUGAACAUGAAUUCUAUAAAAUGUUAAUAUCAGUUAGAGGUACUAAAUGUGCAAAUAAAUUUAUGAUGGAUCAACAGCUUUAUCAUGAAAAGGAAGACAAAUAUUUUUUAAAAUUUUUUAUGGAAUCUGAAAAAUUAUCUCACGAUGAUAAAGAAAAGGUAGCCAUCGCAAGCAAAAAUAAAAUUAACACCAUCAACAUUAACAUCAACAAUAAUAAUAAUAAUGAUAAUAAUAAUAAUAAUAGUAACAAUAAUAUUAAUAAUAAUAAUAAUAAUAAUAAUAAUAAUAGUAACAAUUUUGUAAGUGAGGAUCAUACUUGUGUACGUAAUAAAUAUAAGUCUUCCACAUCUUCUAUCAUCUUAAAAGGAUUAAAUGUAGAGAAUCAUAAAAAUAAUUCAAAGGAUCAAAUUAAUAAAGAAGGUGAUGAUAAUAUUGUUAAUAUUUAUAUAACAGAUGAAGAAUAUGAAUUAAGUGCUAAAGGAUUUGAAGAUACAUAUAAAGAUAAUAUGUCGAAUGCAGAUAAUAUGGACACUAUAUCAAAUUCUGUUUUAUUAUGUAAUAGAGCUGAUCAUCUUAAUAUUAUAAAUAAUAAUGAACGUUUACAUUUAAAAUCUUCAAGUAAUAUUAACAAUUCAAACAAUAAUAAUAAUUGUACUAAUAAUGAUAAAUACUCAUCAUUAGUUUUAAAUAAUCAUGAUCAUAUAGAGCAUAAGGAUAUCUUGAAUGGUGAGCAUAUAUCAUCUCAAAAUUAUAUUACUAGUGUUGAAAAUGUUGAUAAAAAGGAUUUACAUAUAAUGGAAGGAAUUAAUGACCAUAUAAAACAGCCUCCCACCCAUGAUAAUAAUAAUAAUAAUAAUAUUAAUAAUAUUAAUAAUAAUAAUAAUUCUUACAAAACAGAGAAUACAAAUAAACGAUUGUUGAAACAGUGGGAAAAAAUGCUAAGAGAUAAUGUUUUAAAACUUUUAAAAAAUGAUAAUAAUUCGUUUUAUUUUAAAACACCUGUCUUAGAAGAUAGUAGUAUUAAUGAUAAUAUAAAAGAAGACUACAAAAUGAAAAUCAAGAAACCUAUGGAUUAUAUAACCAUAUCUAGAAAUUUAUCAGAUGGUAUAUAUAAAGAACCCAUUGAUUUUUAUUAUGAUAUGAAAUUAAUAUAUAAAAAUUGUAUAGAUUUUAAUCCUGAUAUAGAAGAAAAUAAAUAUAUUAUUGAUGCUGCUAAAAGUAGCGAUUUGAAAUUUGAAUAUUUAUGGAAUAAAUGGAAAGAAAAAAUAAAUAAUAAUUUUUGUGAUUUAAAUAAUAAUAUAUUUAAUGAAGUCUAUUAUAUAGAAUUUUUUAAAAAAAUUACAAAAAAAAAAAAAAAACAUAGUUCUAUCUAUACUAUGUGGAUAGAUUAUCUUAUUAGUAAUAAUAUAAAUAUACAAGAAUUUUCAAAAUUAAGAAAUAUUAAUAUUAAUGAAUUAAAUAAAAAAUGUAAACCUAAAAUUAAUAUUAAUAAUAUCAAUUUAAUAAAUUAUAAAAAAUUAAAUAAAAAUAAUUUGUUAUCUUAUAUAUUCAAAGAAGAAUAUAACAACAUACUUAAUACAAAAAAAAAAUCAUUAACUGUUUCAUCCACUGGAUUUAUAGAUGAAACUAUAGACAAUCAUACAAAUAAUUUUUCAACACAAAUUAUUCAAGGAAAUGAUUUACCAGAUUUAAAUGUCGAAAUAAAAAAUUUAGAUAGUACCAGUUAUGAUCAUAUAAAAAAUUGUAAAGAUAAUAUAAAUCAAUUGUGUAACUUAUAUGAGAUGGAAAAUAAUCAUCAUUUAAAUCAAACACAUGUGUCAUUUGAAAAUUUUAAUUUAAAAGAUGAUACACAUCAUAGUGAUUUUAAAAAAGAUAUAGAAGAUGACAAUAAUUCAAAAGAACAUAAUAUGGAUGAUAUUAAUAAUUAUUCCUCCUUACAAGAAAAUAAUAAAAUUAAAAUUGUUUUAAAAGAUUCAAAUGCAGUACAUAAUUUUGAACAAAAUAUAGAAAACAAAAGUAAAGGGGAACAAAAGAAAUCUACAAAAAUGUUAAAGAAAAGAAAACGAAAUAAAAAUGUUAUUCUUUUUGAAGAAAAUAUUUUUGAUAACUAUUUAGAAAAUAAAAAAAGCUGUAUGCUUAAGUGUGAUAAAAAUGUGUUUAUAACGGACUGUUUUUAUUAUAAAAAUAUUUUUAGAAACUUGCAUGAGUUUAUUGAUGAUCAUUCGAUUGAGGGAAAUGAUGAAAAAAUGAGUUCUCAUCAGAAUGGCACAGAUUGUGAAAAUGUGAUAAAUAAAAAAAAUGUCAAUAGUGAUAAUAAUUUAAAAAAUAAUGAUAAUUUAAAUAAUGAUGAUAGUUUAAAUAAUGAUGAUAAUUUAAAUAAUGAUGAUAAUUCAAAAAAUAAUGAUAACCUUUUAAAUAAUAAUAAUGUUAAUAUAAACCUUGGUGAGGUAAAACAAAAUGAUAAUCAUAAUAUAACCGAAGAAACCAAACAAAUCUCCAACAAUGAAGAAAAUAGUAAAAAAUUAUGGAAAGAAAAAACAACCACACUCUAUAAUUAUGAUAAUAAAAAUUGUAAAACACACGUAUUUCAUUAUUCGUCAAAUGAAGAAAACAAGAAUAAUUAUAUUACAAAUGAUGUCAAUAAUAUUAAUGAAAAUUUUAAAAGUCAAUUUACGCAAAAAACAAUUCAUCCGCAUGAACAAGAUGGAAAUAUUCUGACUGUUCAGGAAAAAACGAAAGAAUUUAUGAACAAGUCAUGCAAUAUUUCAAAUGAGGAUAAAAUAUGUAUCCAUAUAAAAAAGAGUAAUAAUAUUCAAAUGAGUAAAAUACCAAAGAGUGUGUUUAGUGGAUUUUCUGAAGAUUACCAGGAUGAGAGUUCUUCAGAAGAUGAAAAUAAUAUAAAUGACAAAAAAGUGGAUGAAAAGAAUGCAAAUGACAAAAAAGUGGAUGAAAAUAAUAUAAAUGACAAAAAAGUGGAUGAAAAUAAUAUAAAUGACAAAAAAGUGGAUGAAAAUAAUAUAAAUGACAAAAAAGUGGAUGAAAAUAAUAUAAAUGACAAAAAAGUGGAUGAAAAUAAUAUAAAUGACAAAAAAGUGGAUGAAAAUAAUAUAAAUGACAAAAAAGUGGAUGAAAAUAAUAUAAAUGACAAAACAGUGGAUGAAAAUAAUAUAAAUGACAAAAAAGUGGAUGAAAAGAAUGUGUGUGAAAAAUAUAUGAAUGCAGAUAAGCAUGCAACAAAUGAUCACAUAAAUGAAAGUUAUGAGUGCGUUUCUUUCAACGAUACCUUGAAAUGCGACAUGGAGUAUGAAAAGAAUGCUCCCUCAUACUUUAUAACGUAUGGAAAUAUUAUUAAUAAUAUAAUUUCGAACAAUGAGGAUACACAUGAAGAUAAUGCUUCUCAAAUUCAAAAUGAAAAUAAGAAUUGUAAUUUUUAUGAUAAGGAGGAUAUGUCUCAUGCUCAAAUGGAAAGGAAUGGAGAAAAAAUGUGUGAUUAUAAUAAUGAGAAGAAAAAAAAAGAAGUUAUAUUGAAGCAUACCAGUGAGGGUAAUGAUAAUACUUAUAAUGACGAUAAAAAUUAUGAUGAUAAUAAUUAUAAAGAUAAUAAUUAUAAAGAUAAAAAUUAUGAUGAUAAUAAUUAUGAUGAAAACCUUAUGAAUAGGGACGAUUCCAUCCUUUUCAACAUAAGUAACAAAAAUUUUUAUAAUUUUCAUUUAUUAUUUAAAAAAGAUGAAAAAUUAAAAAAGGAGUUUUUUUUACAAAAUAAGAUAAGCGAAAAGACCUUAUUAUUAAAUUUGUAUAUUGAUUAUAGUAAUAUGGAAGAUACAUCUUUUUUCCAUAUAAAUAAUACAAAUUUUUAUAAUUAUUAUUUUGAUGAUUAUUUUUAUUUUUUUAUAAAAUCAUGUUAUGAUUUAGAUUUAUAUAUAAAAAUUCAGAGAAAAAAUAUUUUCUUAACGGAUGAAAAGUAUUUUGAAUUCUUAAAAAUACAUAUAAUGAAUAAAUCUACAAAAAAUAAGAAGAUCCCAUUUUAUUUAUGUAACAACUCUGUUGAACAAAAUAAUAAUUUAAUAAAAGUUUUAGAAAACUGUUUUAAACAUUUUAAUUUAUAUAAUGGAAAUAGUUCAAGCACCUUAACUUUAUAUGAUUCUGUAAAUGAAAUAUCUUUUCUUCUUUCUCAAAUAAGGAUAUAUAUAAAGGAAAUAGAUAUUUUAUUGAGACUUGAUAUUAAUAAGACUACAAACACAACCACAAUAAGUAUUUUAAAAAAAAAGGUUGCAGUAAUGACAUAA